AUGAGAAGAGGAAAUAUCUCUCCUGCUUUCUGGUUCCUGUGGCUGCUUCUCUUUGGACUUCUGGGACCCAGCUCUGAGAAUACCACAGCCUUCACAAAAGGCUCUGACACCACCACAGCCUCCAUCACAGGCUCUGAGACCACCAUGGCCUCCACCAUGGCCUCUACUACGGCCUUAACUACAGGCUCUAAGAUCACCACAGACUCUACCACAGGCUCUGAGACAACCUCAGCCUCCACCAUGGCUUCUACUGCAGCCUUCACCACAGGCUCUGAGACCAACACGGCCUCCACCACAGACUCAGGGACUACUAUAGCCUCCACUAGGACCUUCACCACAGGCUCUGACACAACCACAGCCUCCACUGCAGGCUCUGAAACUAUCGUGGCCUCCACCACAGUCUCUGGGACCACAACAACCUUUACUGUAGCCUCCACUACAGUCCCUGAGACUACCAUGGCCUCCAGCACAACCUCCACUGCAGGCUCUGAGAAAACGAUGGCCUCCUCCAUAAUUUCUGAGACCACCAUGGCCUCCACCACAGGCUCUGAGACUGCCACAGUCUCUACCACAGGCUCUGAGACCACCACCACCUCCACUGCAAGCUCUGAGGCCACUAAAGUCUCUACCACAGGCUCUGAAACCACCACAGCAUCUACUGCAGGUUCUGAGACCACCACUACCUCCACCUCCACGGCAGGCUCUGAGGCCACCACAACCUCAACUGCAGACUCCAAGGUGAUCACAGCAUCCAGCAAGAGCUCUGAGACCACUGUGGCCCCCACUGCAGGCUCUAACACCACCACAGCCUCUACCACAGGCUCUGAGACCACAACAAUCCUGAUUAAAGCCUCUGAGACCACCACAGCCUCUACAGCAGGUUCUGAGACCACCACCCCCUCCCCCACAGGCUCUCAGACCACCAUAGUCUCUAUUUCAGGCUCUGAGAUCACCACCACCUCCAUGGCAGGAUCCGAGACCACCACAGUCUCUAGUGCAGGCUCUGGGACCACCACAGCUUCUACGGCAGGCUCUGAGACCACCAUCUCCACUGCAGGCUCUGAGACCACUACAGUCUCUAUCACAGGCACUGAGACCACCAUGGUCUCCGCCAUGGGCUCAGAGACCACCACAAACUCUACUACAAGCUCUGAGACCACUGUCACCUCUACUGCAGGCUCUGAGACCACCACAGUCUCCACCAUGGGCUCUGAGACCACCACAGCCUCUACUGCAGAUUCUGAGACCACUGCAGCCUCUACCACAGGCUCUGAGAUGACCACAGUCUUCACUGCAGGCUCGGAAACCAUCACACCCUCUACUGCAGGCUCAGAGACCAUCACAGUCUCUACUGCAGGCUCUGAGACCACUACAGUCUCCACCACAGGCUCUGAGACCACAACAGCCUCUACUGCACAUUCUGAGACCACUGCAGCCUCCACCAUGGGCUCUGAGACCACCAAAGUCUCAACUGCAGGCUCUGAGACCACAGUCUCCACUGCAGGCUCUGAGACCACUGCAGCCUCUACUGAAGAUUCUGAAACCAACACAGCAUUUACUGAAGAUUCUGAGACUACCACAGCCUCUACUACAGGGUUUGAGACAACCGCAGCCUCUACUACAGGCUCUGAGCCUACCAUGGCAUCCACCAUGGGCUCUGAGACCACUAUGGCCUCUACCAUAGGCCCUGAGACCACGAAGGUCUCCACUGCAAGCUCUGAGGUGACCACAGUCUUUGCUGCAGGCUCUGAGACAAUCAGAGCCUCUACCAUAGGCUCUGAGACCACCACAGUCUCUACCACAGGCUCUGAGACCACCACAGCCUCCACCAUGGGCUCUGAGACCAGCACAGAUUCUACCACAGGCUCUGAGACCACCACAGCCUCUACUGAAGGCUCUGAGACCACCACAGCUUCCACUGCAGGCUCUGAGGCCACCACAGUCUCUACUGAAGGCUCUGAGGCCACUACAGUCUCCACCACAGGCUCUGAGACCACUACAGUUUCUACCACAGACUCAGAGACCACCACCACCUGUACUGAAGGCUCUGAGAUGACUGCAGUCUCCACCACAGUCUUUGAGACCACCACAGCCUCUACUGAAGGCUCUGAGACCACAAUAGCCUCUACUUCAGACUCUGAGACCACCACAGCUUCUACUGAAGGUUCUGAGACCACUACAGUCACUACCGCAGGCUCUGAGACCAAAACAGCCUAUACUACAGGCUCUGAGACCACCACAGCCUCUACUACAGGCUUGGAGACCACCACAGUCUUUACCAUAGGCUCUGACACCACCACAGCCUCUACUGAAGGCUCUGAGACCACUGCAGUCUCUGCCACAGGCUCUGAGACCACCACAGUCUCUACUGAAGGCUCUGAGAACACUACAGUCUCCACCACAGGCUCUGAGACCACUACAGUUUCCACCACAGGCUUGGAGACCACCACCACUUCCACUGGAGGCUCUGAGAUGACUACAGCCUCCACCACAGGCGCUGAGACCACCACAGACUCUACUGAAGGCUCUGGGACCACCACAGCCUCCACUGCAGGCUCUGAGACCACCACAGUCUCUACUGCAGAUUCUGAGAACACCACAACAUCUACUGCAGAUUCUGAGACCACCUCAGCCUCUACUACAGGCUCUGAGACCACCACAGCCUCUACUACAAGCUCUGAGACCACCACAGCCUCUACUGAAGGCUCUGAGACCACUACAGUCUCCACCACAGACUCUGAGACCACCAUGGUCUCUACCACAGGCUCUGAGACUACCAUCACCUCUACUGAAGGCUCUGAGACCACUACAGUAUCUGCCACAGGCUCUGAGACCACCACAGUCUCUACUGAAGGCUCUGGGACCACUACAGUCUCCAUCACAGGCUCUGAGACCACUAAAGUUUCUACCACAGGUUCAGAGACCACCACCACUUCUACUGAAGGCUCUGAGAUUACUACAGCCUCCAUCACAGGCUCUGAGACCACCACAGACUCUACUGAAGGCUCCGAGACCACUUCAGCCUCUACUACAGGCUCUGAGACCACCUCAGCCUCUACUACAGGCUCCGAGACCACCUCAGCCUCUACUACAAGCUCUGAGACCACCAUGGCAUCCACCAUGGGCUCUGAGACCACUAUGGCCUCUACCAUAGGCUCUGAGACCACCAAGGUCUCCACUGCAAGCUCUAAAAUGACCACAGUCUUCAUUGAAAACUCUGAGACCACCGUAGCCUCUACCACAGCCUCUGAGACCACCACAGUCUCCACUGCAGGCUCUGAGACCAUCCCAGCCUCUACAGCAGGCUCUGAGACCACCAUCACCACCUCUACUGAAAGCUCUGAGACCACUACAGCCUCUAUUGAAGGCUCUGAGACCACCACAGCCUCUACUGAAAGCUCCGAGACCACUACAGUCACUACCACAGGCUCUGAGACCACCACGGCCUCUACUGAAGGCUCUGAGACCACCACAGCCUCUACUGAAGGCUCUGAGACCACCACAGUCACUACCACAGGCUCUGAGACCACCACCGCCUCUACUGAAGGCUCUGAGACCACUACAGCCUCUACUGAAGGCUCUGAGACCACCACAGCCUCUACUGAAAGCUCUGAGACCACUACAGUCACUACCACAGGCUCUGAGACCACCACAGUCUCUGCUGAGGGCUCUGAGACCACUACAGUCACUACUACAGGCUCUGAGACCACCACGGCCUCUACUGCAGGCUCGGAGACCACCACAGUCUCUACUUCAGGCUCUGAGACCACCACAGCCUCUACUGAAGGCUCUGAGACCACUACAGUCUCCUCCACAGGCUCUGAGACCACCACAGUCUCUACCACAGGCACUGAGACUACCAUCACCUCUACUGAAGGUUCUGAGACCACUACAGUCACUACCGCAGGUUCUGAGACCACAUUAGUCUAUACCACAGGCUCUGAGACUACCACCACCUCUACUGAAGGCUCUGAGACCACCACAGUCUCUACCACGGGCUCUGAGACCACCACAGCCUCUACCACAGAUUUGGAGACCACCACAGUCUCCACCUCAGGCUCUGGGACCACCACAGCCUCUACUGCAGGCUCUGAGACCACAACAGUCUAUACCACAGGCUCUAAGUCUACCACCGCCUCUACUGAAGGCUCUGAGGCCACUACAGUUUCUUCCACAGGCUCUGAGACCACCACAGCCUCUACCACAGGCUCUGAGAUGACUACAGUCUCUACCACAGUCUCUGAGACCACCACAGUCUCUACCAUAGGCUCUGAGGCCACCACAUCCUCUGCUGCAGGCUCUGAGGCCACCACCACCUCUACUGAAGGCUCUGAGACCACCACAGCCUCCACUGCAGGCUCUGAGACCACCACAGCCUCCACUUCAGGCUCUGAGACCAACACAGCCUGUACCACAGGUUCUGAGACCUCCACACCCUCCAGUGCAGGCUCUGAGACCAACACUGCCUUCAUCAUAGGCUCUGAGACCUCCAUAGCUUCCACUGCAAGCUUGGAGCCCACUGCAACUUCCCUCACAGGCUCUGAGACCACCACAGUCUCUAUCACAGCUUCUGGGGCCACUGCAGCCUCCACCACUGUCUCUUCCACCACUUUUGUACCCACCAAGGCCACUGACGUUUCUAUCCAGCCCAUCACCAACAAACCUAUGUCAGGCACCAGAACCACUGGAACCAGACCCACUGCCUCCAGCUCUGUCACCAUGGCCCCUGGAAUGGACUUCAAGGCCUCUGCUGCCAGCCAUACUGUGCCGGGAAUAGUCUUAAACACCUCUGGCCUGGGUACAUCCACUAUGGGAGCAUCAUCUACCACCUCAGCCCACGGCGUCAGGACCACCACAGGAUCCACCCGUGAGCCAACCAGCAGCACCUUCCAGGAAACAGGCCCGGUGUCCAUGGGCACAAACACAGUUAGCAUGAGCCACACACCCACAAACGUGAUCAAACCAAGUGGAUAUUUACAGCCCUGGGCUAUCAUCCUCAUUUCCCUGGCUGCAGUUGUGGCUGCUGUUGGAUUGUCAGUAGGACUGAGUUUUUGUCUGAGAGACCUUUUCUUCCCCCUGAGAUAUUGUGGUAUUUAUUACCCCCAUGGCCACAGCCACAGCCUUGGUCUGGACCUGGACUUGGGCCUGGGCUCUGGGACAUUCCACAGCCUGGGAAAUGCACUGGUUCAUGGAGGAGAACUUGAAAUGGGACAUGGAGGAACACAUGGCUUUGGAUCUAGAGUGGGCCAUGGACUGAGCCACAUCCAUAGAGAUGGCUACGGAGUGAAUCAUGGCGGGCAUUAUGGACAUGGAGGAGGCCACUGAAGACACCGUGGAGUGGAUCACAGAGGAAGCCACCAAGGAGGCCACGGCAGGACAAGAUGGCUGUGGCCAUAGAUUGGGUAUCAAAACAUAUUAUGGGUGGGAGGGGGUCACGGAGGAGAAAAAAAUAAUGAUCAUGAAAUAAUUAAAGUGGAGCAUAGGAAGGUUCCCAGGAUGUGAUCCAUGGAGAUGGACAUGGACUAGGUCAAGAAAAGAACCAGCGAAAGGACCACAGAGACUUUGACUGGCUUGGAGGGGACUUCAAGUCAAAGCUUCUGUGAGUUUUUCCUGAGUCUCAGCCUCUGUUGUGGGGAGUCACGACAACCACCCUCAGGACAUCUUCUCUCCCAUUUCCCACCACAUCAGGGUCAACGUUUCUCAUCCCUGUGUUUCCUCAU